UUGAGCUCACAUGCUGGUUGAUGAGGACGAUGGCGAUGUCCUUCCGUUGAGUGAACUCCUGGAACGCGGCUUCGAUCGAUGAUAUUUGUGUUUCUGGACUCAUCUCUGAGCAUGCGAUGACGGGGAACACGCCGAAAACCUUACUAGAGUCUACGACGAGAAAGUUCUUCCUCUGGUGCUCGUUGAUGUGACCGAUGCCUGCAAGAAGCAGACCAGUUAUUGAGUCCUGCCGACGCGAAUCCAGUCCUGAGUAAUGCUAAUUAGCAGGUAUAAACGUACCUCAUCUCCUAUGACAGCGAUGAGAUUUCUGUCCUUGAAGGCAGUAGUCGACGCCAUUGGUGCUCUUCGGUGAACCAAGAAAGGAAAUGAGUCGGGGUCACCCUCGCUGACAAACACAACCCCGACCAUCAGUCUCCCCUAGUCAGGAAGAUACUAGUUUUGUCUGAUAUAAACGACGAUCUUAACAAGGGUCUUCCAAUAAUCUACCACGGCGAUGGACAUUUUCAAUCGCCCGCCUUCGAUCUCAGAGGACACAAUUCAGUACACCCUAUAUCCUCCUCCAGCACUAGCAGAAAAAUCAUCUGCAACGACACUCGCAGCAUGCGUGCAAGUAUAUGUCUCUGAGCUUUUGCCAAAUUUUCUCUGGCACAGAGACCCCUUCGAGGUAAAAGUCGCGAAAGACAUCGAUACCGCUGCAGUCAGGGAUAACAAAUGGAUGCUUGAAGGGCGUAUGCGCGUCGGGGACUCCAUUGAUGACGAGUGGUGCGUUGUCUGGGUCCUACGGGAGAUCAGCAAGAAGUGGGAUUUUGCAAUUAGCGUAAUGGACUCUGACGGGGAGUUUCUCCUCAUCGAGGCAGCCGAAGCCCUGCCCCCAUGGGUCAAACCGUCCAACUCCGAGAAUAGGGUCUGGAUACACAGUGGAAUCCUGCACCUCAUACCUCUCCAACACAUAUCUGCUCCAAGCAAACCAAAACGAAGACGAAGAUUCCCUGGGUCCAAAGACAGUGAUGACGAAGGCGACAUUGUUGGUGAUGAUCUUGAAGAAUACUUGGCCAUCGACGACGCACUGAAGCUGGUCCGCGAUGCAACUGUCGAUACGCGUGCACCCCGUACAGUUGAGAAUACGGUAUGGCAGCGUAUCUCAGGCUAUCCUGCGGCAGCCAAAACCCACGUACAUACCACCAAAGUGUACCUUCCGCUCGACAUUGCUCGCGCUUUAUCCAUCAACCCCUCAUUGGCACAAAAGCCUGUCGAGACAUUUUACACCCGUGAUGCCGUACAACUACGUGCUGCCCAUCGCAUGACGCGGUUCCCACCUCAUUCUGCCGUGCUUACCACGGUCAAGUUGACAAAACCAGCAUAUGCACAACUUGUUGGACAAAAGUUCUUCCCUCCAAAAAUAUUCGGCUAUUUUAAGGAGCGCGAGGGAAGCGACAUCUGGCGUUGGAGAGACAUUGGCAUGAAGCUGGCUUGCGGUUUCGAAAUGAUCUACCAAGAGUCGAAGAGUCGUGCUGACAUUGUAAGUAAGACUACUGAGGUACUCAAGUCAUCGGCGGAAGCGCGUAAAGAAGCACUUCGCCGAUCAUCCGACUAUAAAGCCUAUAUCACGAACCUAGUCUCAGCUGGCUACUUCCGGGGUGAAGUCGAAGACUCGCAGCUUUGGAAUGAAUUGGAGAAUAAGGCUGCUGAUGCUUUCAUUCAGGUUCGCCAAGAGGACGACGCUACUCGUCCUUCAUUCGCAGCGCUGUUCAAUUCAGCAUUAUCUACUGCCCCUGAAUACCUCACUGAGAUGCCUGAUGAGACUGAAGACUCAGAUGACUGGAUGAACGUGGAUGCAGCCGGCUUUGAUGACAUGCUGGAGCGGACUCGUUCCCAGCCGCAGUCUCAAGCGAUGGAUGUCGACGCAGGUGAUGAUGCAGAGGAAAGGGUAGCCAAGGAACAAACAUCCAAGCUGCAGGACCUUGCAGCCAAGGUGCAGAAUUUUGUCGAAGGAGAAGGUGAUGUUGAAGGUGCUAGGUUUGAAGAUGAAGCUUUCUCAGACGACGAGGACGACGGGGACGAUGCGGAUGAAGAAGACGAAGAGAAUUUUAGUGACGAAAAAUUCUCUGACUCCGACGAUGAAGGUGAGCCUGACGAAGCUGCACGCCAAGAAGCGAUGGCGAAGCUUGUGCCCGCCCUUUCGGAGGCCGAGUAUGGGCAGAUGCCCGCUUCAUUCAACACUCAGCGGGUUUCCAAAGUUACUAUCGAGACUGAAACUGUCGACGGGACCGAUCUGGCGAUAGCACAGUCUCCGGCCACUGAACCCGCUUUAGAAGUUACGUCGCCAGCUCGCACUCGGUCUAUGCGACCACCCAUCCUGCCGCGUGACGAGUACGAAGGUGUAGACUCUGAUGAUGAAUCAUCUAACUCAGAUCCACUCGCUGGUGGAGAUGAGGAAGAUGUCGAGUCAGAAGAGGACCGCCCACAGGUGGUUGGCGAUAUUGAAGUUGACAUGGAUGAGGAAGAAGCAGAGUUCCUGGAGUUCUCGAGGCAAGCUUUGGGAAUAUCCGACCAACAGUGGGGAGACAUUAUCAAGGAUAGGAAAGGACGAGGAGCCUUUGUUCCCACUAGUGUCACGGCGGAGAAUACAACAUCCACCUCAACAAGAUCACCAAACAAUAAGUCCGAUUCCUUCCCGCCGCAAGCACAGGGACGGCAACCUGUACCUGGCCCGAGGCCGAAUGUGAACCCGAAUUUGGAUUCCUUUGAAGCUGUCAUGCAAGCUAUGGAUGCCGAACUGAACCAGUCUCGCCACACAGCCCUGAAGGGGAAGGCUGCGGCUGUACCCAAAGGCGACCCUGUAAUGCCCAGCAAAGGCAAGUCUAAAUCGAAGUUCAUGGAAGAAGAUGGUGAGGAGGAUCUAGACAUCGAAGCUCAAAUGGAGGCUGAGCUCAAAGCCAUGCUCGAACACGGAGGUGGAGAUAUGGAGGAAAUUGACUCAGGCGAAGAGGAGGUUCCAAUGGACUACAACCUUAUCAAGAACUUUUUGGAAAGUUUCAAGAGCCAAGCAGGACUUUCUGGACCUGUGGGAAACCUUGCGGGUCGCUUGCAGCCAGGGUGGACAUUCCCGAGGGAUGAUUCAUGAACCUAUUGAGUUACUGACAUGCCGGUCCAUCGGAAACUGAGACAGAGAAGUGUCAGUGGUGUCUAACAGCGGGUUGUAAAUGGUUACAGAGCGGCUGGAAGAUAAUGCCUGUCUGUCCUUUGUACUUUGUGUGAAUCAGUACUAUGUGCAUGUAGUCACCAGCUCCUGGUUCGUGAAUGUUUGAACUGCAUGUGUCGCAA